AUGGCGACGACGACACCUUCAAGCAAUCGCUAUCAUAACGUCUAUCCUUCGACACCGUCUUCCGAAAAGCGGAGGCUUAAGGGGCUUUGGCAACAGAACGAGUGGUGGUGCAAUUGUGACCCACGUGCAAAGGCCGUCCCGCGCGCCGUCACAGCAGACACUCCCAACUUGGGUAAAUGGUUCUGGGCUUGCCCUCUUCGUGGUCCGCACGGGUGCGGUUUUUUUCUUUGGUUUGAAGAGGCGAAGCUGCGAGAAAUUAGUCUUUUUGGUGACCGCUCGGGUGCUACCCCGUCGAAGCAGCCGUCCUUCACGCAGACCCGCCUCACAGACAUUGGGUUCGAGAUUCUGGGAAGAGACAGACGGCGGAGCGAUCCCGGGAACUUGUUGACCGGAGAGAUGGAUGGCGAAGGAGAGGAUGCGAAGCCUCCUCAGCGAGUGAGCUCGUCACAGCCAGAGGCGGAGACGGCAUCAGACAAGGGCAAGGGCAAGGGCAAAGCAGUUGACACUGGCUCUGUUGGCUAUGAGCCUCUUACUCCUGGCCCUAGCACUGGUGCCAAGCGCAAAUAUGAUGUUUUUGCAGAAGACGACUUUGACGAUCUGGGCUCGGAUGAAGAGCGGCAGCUUGCCGACAUGACGGAUAAGAGCGUCGAGAAGUUUAUCCGCUCGCAGGCCUACGACGACCUCAAGGCAGCUGAUGGCCAAGAUGACGUUGUCGCCUCUUCGUCACGGCCAGUCGCCCGCACUCUCUUUCCCCAGGCACAGAGCUCCAAGCGCUCCAAAUCUGUGUCCUUUGAAGAGCCUGAGGCGUUCCCUCCUGCGCCGACCAAGAGCAAAGACGCUCAAUCCUCGCCAACUAGCACGCAACAGACGACCCCUCCCAGCAGCAUGGAUGCUCCUCCUCCGACUGUCCCUUCGUCGGCAAUGACGGCAACCCAGCUGAAUGACGAUGACGAGAGGGAGGACAGCGACGAUAUUACGGAGCAAGUCAUGAAUCUUCUCCAGACAGAAUCCAUAAAGCCGUCCGUCCUCGAGUCCGUUCGAAACAUUCUCGCCACGUCUAUGCGACGGACCAGGGGUAUCGCCAUGGGUAGAGACUCUGCUCGGGCAGCCCUCGACGAAAAGAAGAUUAAGAUUGUGAGGUUGCAGGAGCGCAUUGCGGUGCUCGAGAAUGAGAAGCAGUCCUUGAACGGCCAGAUUACGAAUAUCAAGGCCAGUUUAAUGAAGAUGUACGAGGACAACUGA